AGCAACGAGCAGCAACGGCAUUCCGCGUGACUACAGCCGUUGUCCUUAAGCACCAUUUACAACCCCAUCGUCCCAGCUGUGGAAAGAGAUCAAAGCAGGAGUCAACUCCAGCAUUGUCGCGUUCGGACGCGACGUCUCGCAUCAUGGCGGCACCAAUCACCACCAUCUCCGACUCGAAAGACCGAAACAACCUCAACCUGAUCGCCGCGCAUUCACACAUUCGAGGCCUCGGCGUAACACCCGACACUCUCACGCCAAAGCCCGUCGCAGAUGGCCUGGUCGGUCAGCAACAGGCGCGCAAAGCCGCUAGCGUCAUCCUACAAAUGGCCAAAGAAGGCAAGAUCGCGGGCCGAGCGGUUUUGAUUUCCGGGCCACCCAGCACGGGCAAGACGGCGAUUGCAAUUGGUAUGAGCAAAGGGUUGGGAGAGGACGUGCCCUUCACCAUGCUCGCCUCGUCGGAGAUCUUCAGUCUGGAAAUGAGCAAGACAGAGGCGCUGGAGCAGGCCUUCCGAAAGAGCAUAGGCGUGCGGAUACGGGAAGAGAGUGAGGUGAUUGAGGGCGAGGUGGUGGAGAUUCAGAUCGACCGCAGCGUGACUGGUAAUAACAAGAGCGGCAAGCUGACGCUCAAGACCACGGAUAUGGAGACGCUGUACGACAUGGGCACGCGCAUGAUUGACAGCAUGACGAAGGAGAAGGUGAUGGCGGGCGAUGUCAUCAGCAUUGACAAGGCGAGCGGGCGGAUUACAAAGCUCGGGAGAAGCUACACCAGAAGUAGGGACUACGAUGCCAUGGGAGCGGACACGAAAUUCGUGCAAUGCCCAGAUGGCGAGCUCCAAGUACGGCGCGAGACGGUGCACACGGUCAGCCUUCACGAGAUCGACGUCAUCAACAGCCGCACACAGGGCUUCCUCGCCCUCUUCUCUGGCGACACGGGCGAGAUUCGAUCGGAGGUGCGGGAACAGAUCAACACCAAAGUCGCCGAGUGGAAGGAAGAGGGCAAGGCCGAGAUUGUGCCGGGUGUGCUCUUCAUCGACGAAGUGCACAUGCUCGACAUUGAAUGCUUCAGCUUCAUCAAUCGCGCGCUGGAGGACGAACUAGCACCCAUCGUCAUCAUGGCGUCCAAUCGCGGCUCCGCAACAAUCAGAGGUACAAGCUACCGCUCUCCGCACGGUCUUCCCCUCGACUUCCUCGACCGUGUGGUCAUCAUCUCCACCCAUCCAUACUCUCCCGACGAGAUCCGGGAAAUCCUAUCCAUCCGCGCCCAGGAAGAAGAGAUUGACAUCUCGCCGGAUGCGCUGGCCUUGCUGACCAAGAUCGGGCAAGAGACGGGCCUGAGGUACGCCGGCAACUUGAUCACGACUUCACAUUUGCUGUCCCAAAAGCGGCGGGCGAAAGAAGUCGAGGUGCACGAUGUGCAGCGCAGUUUUCAGCUCUUCUACGACCCCAGCCGGAGUGUGAAGUUUGUUGCGGAGUUUGAGAAGAGGUUCAUUGGGGAGGAUGGUGGGGUGACGCUUUCGAAUGGGCUCAGCAAUGGGGAUGCGAUGGAGGUGUCAUGAGGGGGUUUCUCAUUGGCGGCUCAUGAAUUGUAUGAGGUGAACUCAGGCUUGGACUGGGAGCGAGGCGUUGUAGCCACAGGUGAUGGGUCCGUGGUAAAGCAAGAGGUUGCUACCGGCGUAUUCAGAAGAGACGAAGUCGGAAGCGAUUUCAGAUGCCGCCUCUGUCAACCUCCAGUUACGAUCCGCGCCGAACAAAUCUACCGAGUACUGUAUAUCCACGGUGUCUUCCUGUUCCAUCACUUACCCAAACGUCUUGGGUGGUUUUGUGUAGCCUCGGAUGGCCGGGCG